AUCAAAAUUUGUAGAGUACCAGUCUGGGCCCUGAGAUCAGAUUAGUAGUUUUGCGUGUAAGAUGGAGAAGCCGGCGAAGCCAAAAGGCCGACUGUGUACUCUCUGUAAUGAAAAACGCGCCGCCUUGAAACGCCCUAAAACCCUUGAACAAAUAUGCAGGGAGUGCUUUUAUAUAGUGUUUGAAGAUGAGAUUCAUAGGGUUAUUGUGGAUAAUCAGCUUUUCAAGCCUGGGGAACGCAUAGCUAUUGGAGCUUCGGGUGGAAAAGAUUCAACAGUGCUUGCAUAUGUAAUUUCAGAGUUGAACCGUAGACACAACUAUGGAUUGGAUCUCUUCUUACUAUCAGUGGAUGAAGGCAUAACUGGUUACAGGGAUGACUCUCUUGAGACAGUCAAAAGAAAUGAAAUACAGUAUGGACUUCCUUUAAAAGUAGUUUCCUACAGUGAGUUGUAUGGGUGGACAAUGGAUGAAAUAGUGAAAUUGAUAGGCUUGAAGAACAACUGCACAUUUUGUGGUGUUUUUCGUCGGCAGGCCCUUGAUCGAGGUGCUGCAUUGCUAAAGGUAGACAAGCUUGUUACCGGACAUAAUGCAGAUGAUAUCGCUGAAACAGUCCUUUUAAAUAUUUUGCGAGGUGAUAUUGCAAGGUUGAGUAGAUGCACAUCGAUAAUUACCGGAGAAGAUGGGCCAAUACCGAGAUGCAAGCCCUUCAAAUACACAUAUGAGAAGGAAAUUGUCAUGUAUGCAUAUUUUAAAAAGCUGGACUACUUCUCUACAGAAUGUAUAUAUUCCCCUAAUGCUUACCGUGGUUUUGCUCGUGAGUUCAUUAAAGAUUUAGAAAGGAUGAGACCAAGAGCCAUUCUCGACAUUAUCAAAUCAGGUGAAGACUUUCGGAUCUCCACCUCUACAAAAAUGCCAGAACAGGGAAUUUGUGAAAGAUGUGGUUAUAUAUCCAGCCAGAAAUGGUGCAAAGCAUGUGUCUUGCUGGAGGGCCUCAAUCGCGGUUUACCAAAAUUAGGCAUCGGGAGAAGUCGGGGGAUCAAUAGCGAACGUAAUACAAAUGUGAAACAAACUAAUGGGACACAAAGUUUACAAAGCAAGCAGUGUGGAACUUUGGACUUCUGAAUUCUCAUCUUGGUGCGAAUUGGAACAGCUAAAUGAAGGGCUUUAAUUACAACUUACAUGCCCAGUGAAAAGGGCUUUCAUUAGAAGUUCCAUGUUAUCUAUGUAGCUUAAUGUAUUUAUGGAGAGAUAGAAACUGGCCUCCUAGUUUAUACCACAAUAUUUCUAUUUUUUUUCAUAAUGUUGUGUCCACUGAUGUACUUGAAUAUGACCCAUACAAUUAGUUCUAUAUUCCAAAAUUUGUCUGAAAAAUUCCAUUUUGAA